AUGGAUGCUGUUGACAAGGAGAACCGUGAUCCGUCGCAGCCAACUGGUGCUACCACGACCGUCAAGCAAGAGCCAAUGCAGCAACAGCAAGGUGUAUUGGAAGAAUGUGCCGAAUACAUGACAAUGACUGAGGCCGAUGGUGUAGCUUUCAAAGAUUCGACCCUUGGCACGAUUAUCAAGCAAAAAGCAAUCAGUAUCUACUGCAAGUGGAAGAACGACAUGCCCCUAUCAGACCAAGAAUUGCAUUGGAUGGCCUGUGGGUUGUCUUCCAUCUUGGAUUUGACAAAAACAGACUUGACUAUGGAAUUCUUGGACUGUACUAAGGACGAGCUGGAGCAAGUGUCUAGUCCCCUAGUUGACAAGCGAAGUCGCAAGCAAUAUCAUCUCCCUGCCUUGGUGAAUCAAACAUAUGACAUUGUCGUGUCACUAAUCGAAAAGGAACACAAUGUCAAGAAGGCCAUCUUGUACAUUCAGCAAAUCAAAACAAGCUGCCUUGACACAGAACGACUGCUUGCAGCACUGGUCACGUUGAUCAAGAUCGUUGACACCAACGCAUUUCUGCUCAACCCUAAUAACUCGGCCCGCGUGACAGAGUAUGAUUUCAUCACGCAAGUUUGGGCACCCAUCCUCAAGUCAUUGAUUGAUAUUCAUGGUGUGUUGCGCAUGAAAAUUGGAGAGUCUAGUCCGGCCCAAGGCAUUGUUUGUCGCAAGCGCUCCUACAGUGACGCCCGAGUUGGAUUCAAGGUGGACUUGCGGCUAUUGUUUGAUUCGCGCCAAAAUGAACACGACCUGCUUGCUCUCGAAGCUGCAAAGGCGGGUGACGCAUCCAAAUUGUGCCAUGACAUUUGCAAACUUAUGCGCGAGGCCAAGGACAAUCUCGAUGCUAUCCUGCAGCACAUCCUGAAACGUCACAUGAAAAAGCCAGUCUUGUCCUGGUACAUGCACACCAAUGGUGCCAGUGCGCAUACUGGCACAGUUCACAUUGCUAAGGCUGGUCUUUAUUUGGCAUUGCAUGAAUCAAAAAUCCACUUUCCAAGAAACUUGGCAUCGCUGCAGGUAUUCAAAAACGAAUUUGUCAUGCUCAUUUCCAUGGUGUUUGACUUGGAACGAAAUGCCCUCAUGAUCAAAAAAUCCAUGGAUUUACUGGAUUGUCGCAAGGAUUCGGCCAUGAGCCGCCACGUCGAUCCGGAUGAUUGUCUUGACGCCAACUCUUGUCUGUCGUCCAUGCGACCAACCUUUUACAACCCUCCACGAGACCAAGUAUCAUUAGCUGUUCUUCCGGCUAACUUGUUUGGUGCUGCAACCACGGCCCCUGUAUCAUCUGUGCCGUCUCCCCCUUGCCACACCGACUUGGAGCCUGACGAAUAUGGCUGGGCUGCCAUGGAUAAUGGCCAGUUCUAUCACAUUCAUACUGGUAUCACUGCGGAUCGCCAUCCAUUUGACGAAAAAUCUUGA